AGGAGGAAGUAGAGGGUCGUAAAGGUAAACGCCCACUUUUUGGAAGCGGAAGAUGGAGGAGAUCUGUCUCUCUCUCUUGCCGUAGCUCCAUUUCGGUGGCACAUCUGCAUCAUGAGCUGGAGGAGAGGUCCACGCAGACAUGUAGUUAGGUCCCAGAAAUAAACAUCGAGCCGACGUGAUGUGCUGAUCUCCCGGACUAUGGCGAACAGCUGAAAGCUCCCCAGCCGCCCGGUGUGUGUCUCUGCUGCCAUGGAGGGUAGCCUCCCCGUGGAGCUGUGGAGGCUUAUCUUAGCCUAUCUCCCGCUGCCCGACCUGGGCCGCUGCUGCCAGGUGUGCCGUGCGUGGCGGGAGCUCGUCUUCUCCCUGGACAACACCCGCUGGAGGCAGCUGUGCCUGGGGUGCCCCGAGUGUCGCCAUCCCAACUGGCCCAGUCAGCCUCACCUGGAGCCUCCGUCCUGGAGGGAGGCGCUGAAGCAGCACGCGCUCGCCUCCCGCACCUGGACUAGGAACGGGCCGGAGCUGCAGUCUUCCGCCUGCCUCUUGUUUUUCCGCCGGCGGAAAGACCGCAGGGUGUGGCACGUGGGGCCCGGGUGCGAGUUCGAAACCUUGCGCGGGGCUCUCGGGGUCGCGGGACCGUACGACCGGGUGGUUCUCCACCCAGGUGUGUAUGAGGAACAGGCGGAGGUGGCGCUGAAGGUGCCCGUGGAGCUGGUUGGUCUGGGUAGACUGGGUGAGGUGGCCCUCCUGGUCUGCAUGGAGCAGCAGUGUCCCACUGCCAGGCUGUGCAACCUGGUGUUCAUGCCCCCCUGGUUCUCCACUGUUGUCUACAAGACGUCAUGGGGUCACGUCCAACUUGACAACUGCAACUUCGAGGGAGCCCAGCUGCAGAUCCGUGGCCCCGGGACCUGCCAGGCUCGUUUUUGCUCCUUCUCCCAAGGCAGCUCUGCCCACCUGCUGGGCGUCGUCGUCAGUUUGUUGGACAGCUGUGACUUCUCGGGAAGCGACACCGCUUCGGUGACCGUGGAGGGUCCUCCGGCGUCGGAAAGGAACUGGGCUUGUAAACAUUUAGCCGCCUUAGCCAGGACGUUCCCGAGUCAGUUCAGUAGCUCUCCCAGCAGCCCCGAGGGCAGCUCCGCCGGUGAGCCUGACUCUGCAGGUGGCGUUAAAAAGGAGUACGUGAGCAUGGAAGACUGGAAGAGAAGGACAGGCGGAGAUGCGGUUUGUCAUGGCACUGUUAUAGAAGAUGAUUGGAGUGAUGGUGAGCCCAGUGACGGAGAGGAGCAGAAGCAAGACGGGAAUCACAACUCUAAAAAGCUCUUUACACUGAUUUAUAAAAUCCCGUAUGAAAAUCAUGGCCUGUCCCAUUUGCUCAAGCCCCGGGAGGACGGCUCUCUGCCGCUUGCCUCGGCGCCUGAACCCCCAUCUGUGACCCCUGAACCGCUCACCCUCCAGCAGGAGUUAGACAGAGACCCGGAGGCUCAGAUGCUGGCGUCGUCGGUCCUUGGCUGCAUCGUCAGACGGUGUCUCUUCAGGGACGGGAAGGGGGGUGUGUAUUUGUCCAAUUACGGACAGGCUCGCCUGGAGGAAAACGUAUUCCGAGGCUUGAACUACGCCGUUCGCUGCAUCCAGAACUCCACAAUUGUGAUGCUGAGAAAUGAGGUGUGUGAGUGCCGUGCAUCUGGUGUGUUUCUGCGCCUGUCUGCUCAGGGCCUCAUUGCAGAAAACAACAUCCACUCAAACGGAGAGGCUGGGCUGGAUAUCCGAAAAGGGGCUAACCCCAUCAUUCUGUGCAAUAAGAUACACAGUGGUUUGCGUUCUGGUGUCGUUGUUCUUGGCAACGGAAAAGGUUCGAUUCGAAGCAACUUGAUCUAUAACAACAAAGAAGCCGGAGUGUACGUUCUCUUCAGUGGGAAUCCUGUGGUGAUUGGGAAUCACAUCUUUCAGGGCCAGGCAGCAGGGAUCGCUAUAAAUGAAAAUGGCAGAGGGAUGAUAACAGAGAACGUGAUCAGGGAGAACCAGUGGGGGGGAGUGGACAUCCGCAGAGGAGGUGACCCCAUUCUGAGGAACAACUACAUCUGCUACGGCUACUCGGACGGCGUGGUGGUGGGGGAGAGGGGACGAGGACUUAUUGAGGGAAACCGUGUCUACUGUAACAAAGGCUGCGGCGUGUGGGUUAUGUCGUCCAGCCUCCCGCAGCUCCUGGGCAACUACAUCAUCCACAACUGCAUGUACGGGCUGGCCGUGUUCGGCAGAAAGGACCCCGAUUACGUCGAAGCCAGGGAGGGCAACUGGCCCGGACAGGAAGCUGGAGACGCAGCCGGCGGGGAAAGGAGGGCGGCAGAAGGAGAGGCGAGAGAAGCACAGGAGAACUUUAACGAAGAGGGCGAACUGUUCGCUUGGGAGAGCGAUCUGGACAGCGAGGACGAGCGCCACUCUGCUCGCCGCUCCGUCAGCGUGGCCCUGGUGGAAGGCAACUGCUUAAGCCACAACGGAGCGGUCGGCCUGUACGUGAAGAGCAGCGAGGCCCUGAACGUCUUCGGGAACCUCGUCAACAGCAACUGUGGCCCCGGCGUCGCCGUGCUGCAGAGCGGUCAGCUGACCCGGCUCGUCACAAACUGCAUCGUGGAAAACGGUCGAGGCGGCGUCGCCGUGGAGAAAGACUGCAGGGUGGAGCUUCGUGGUAACGGCAUCUAUGAAAACGGCGGCCACGGCGUGAGGCUCAGCGGGAACGGGCAGAUAGUGGAAAAUGAUGUGGUUGGUAACGGUGGAUGUGGGAUCCAGGUCUCUGCCAGCACUGACAUCAAGGUAGUCCGUAACCGGGUCCAACCAGUACAGGGCUGUGGCAUUGCUCUGCUGGGAGCAGUAAAAGGUGUCGUUCACGACAACAUCCUGUUCCAGGGCCACCCGGGCAACAAGAAGUCCCUCCUACACGUAGAUCCUGGCAGUGAAAGUUGUGUGUUGCGCAACAACAGUAUUUUAAAGCCUAAUAACAGCUGUGCACCUGCUCCCCCGUGGGUUUUGGAUAACCCUCCUCCUCGCCCACUGGCCAGUUCCCCUGCUGGCCUCUCCUCGUCCCAGUACCCGUCCCGAGUUGGGAUCUCCAUGACUGCCAGGGUUGGGGCUACUGUGGAAAGUGGUUGCCACAGCGGCAGCAUGUUCUGCUGCAUCCUGUGAAAACUGACCAGCACUUAUAAACCAAAACAAACUCCACUGGUCUGAUAUCAAGAUCUGGACACUGAUGCUGCGAUGGUCUAUGUACUUUCUAAAUACACAUCCUGGUGUAAUUAAUUGUCUUAGGUAAACAAUUUUUUUGGUCUUUCAGUGUCAAAAUGGCACAUUUUUAAAAUUUCCACAGACUUUUUAAAUUUGAAAAAAUAUAGAUUAAUAAGGUGGAGCUUGAGUUUUCUUGUCGUCUUACAUUUCCUACAUUUACAUCACUACAGCUUCACUUUAGUCUCCUUUUACAUUGUAGUUUUUGUUUCUGGGACUCUCGUUUGGGAUAUGCACAUUUUCAAAUCCUAGCAGGAGUCAGAGGCUUCAGAAAGUAAAGCUGCGCGUGCCUUUUUUUGACUUUUGAAAUGAACGACUGUAGCUACGAUUGGAGUGUUCAGAGUUUGAGUCUUUAUGCAAAAAAAAAAAAAAACCAAGCCAAAACUAAGCUUCUGCCUCUUGCACAGUGCGUUGUGUUCAGGUGAGUGUUGAGUUUGGAACCAUGUCCUUUUUAUAAAAAUGUACCAAUGAGGUUAGGUCUUGUUUCAAUUAAUGGUCUGUGGUGACUCACUUGGCAACAACCAAACAAAAAGGAGAAAAAAAAAAGUUUAUUGUGCAAUAUGUGAUGUCGACAAAUGUGCCUAUACGUUUAAGCUGGAUGUUUUUUUCAUCUAGAGGUUGUUUACAGCUCAUUAGUCUGCUUUUUAUUUCUAUUUUCCAUGACUUCUGUUAAAAAUGGCACAUAAAAUUCAAAGUGAACCAUUUUAUUUGUAUACAAAAUACACUAAUAAACACUUCACAUUU